CGGCAGCGCCCGAGCCAGGCUGUGCCCCAGUUUGUGUCCAAUCAGAGAGUGAAGUGCGUGCACCGAGCAGGGCGGCAAUGCGUAAACAAGCCCCGGGAAACUCCUCCGCCCCCCGCUCUCCCCUCCGCGCCGCUCCCCGCGCCGCCCCGCAGCCUCCCCCGCCGCCCGCCAACAACUCUGGCGAGGCGCGCUCCCGCCGCCCAGCAGCCCUCCCCCCGCCCGCCCAGCCGGCGCCGCCCGCGCUGCCACACGCACCCACUCCCGCACACGCCCGCGGGUGCCCGUGGCCUCUGGAGGGGGAAGCACAAGGAACUGAUUGAAACUCCAGGUAGAAGAUACAUUUCAGAAUAAGAAGAAAUUCACAUACACUGAGAAGAAAACACAGGAUUGUGGAGAAGAAUCUAGAGUCCAAGUUCUGGUAGGAAAAUGACUCGCCUGGCACAGGAGCAGGAGUUACGAGCCAUGUUCCUGUGAGUCCUGCAGAAUUCAGAGCAAAUGCCUGGAAAAGUCCAGCUGCACAGGGCAGCGCCGCAGCUCUUGUGAACCACGGGCAUUGACGCCUCUCAGACUCGCUCCUCUGGCCCCGAGCACGCUGCCAGCAUUGCCUGCCCCACGAAUGGCUACUCAGAGGAAGCACUUGGUGAAAGAUUUCAAUCCUCACAUCACCUGCUAUAUCUGUAAAGGCUAUCUCAUCAAGCCGACUACAGUGACUGAGUGCCUCCAUACCUUUUGUAAGACUUGUAUUGUUCAACACUUUGAAGACAGCAAUGACUGUCCCAGGUGUGGGAACCAAGUGCACGAGACCAAUCCACUAGAAAUGUUAAGGCUGGAUAACACCUUAGAAGAAAUUAUAUUUAAGCUGGUGCCUGGACUUCGAGAACAGGAACUGCAGCGAGAGAUCGAAUUUUGGAAGAAAAACAAACCUCAAGAAAAUGGACAAGAUGAAAUUCCAAAAGCUGAUAAACCCAAAUUAGAUGAAGAGUGUGAUGAAAAUGAAGAAGAUAAAGACUAUCACAGGAGUGACCCACAGAUUGCUAUCUGCCUUGACUGUUUACGCAACAAUGGACAGUCAGGAGAUAAUGUGGUCAAAGGUUUAAUGAAGAAAUUUAUCCGCUGUUCUACUCGAGUGACUGUGGGAACUAUCAAAAAGUUUCUCAGCUUAAAAUUAAAACUUCCAAGUUCUUAUGAGCUGGAUGUACUAUGCAAUGGAGAAAUCAUGGGGAAGGAUCACACCAUGGAAUUCAUCUAUAUGACAAGAUGGAGACUAAGAGGCGAAAACUUUCGGUGUCAGAACUGCUCAUCUUCGCAAGCCUGCUCACAGGAUGGCACUUUUUAUCAGUCUUACCCUAUGGUACUUCAGUAUCGACCUAGAAUUGACUUCGGUUAGACCAAAGGGCCAGAUCCCACUGAGAUGAAUCCUGCACUAUUUGUUUACCCAUCGACAGAUUGCACAAUGAAUGGAUGUGCCUGGAUUAGGGGGACACAACCAGAUUUUCAGCAUGCAAAUAAGGACAUUGUCUUUCUUAAAAUUGUCAGUUGCAUCUCUGUUGUUUCUAUUAGAGCAAGCCAAGUGCCAUUCUGCUACUGAAAUGUGCAUAAGAUAUUUGUGUAUCUCACAAGUGUGCUGCAAAUCAUAGCCAAAAUCAUGAAGUGUACAAGUCAAGAUUCAAAAACUAUGGAAUAUUUUUGCUUGUGUGUUAGAAAAUUUUUCUGGUCCUCAUAUUGAUUACACUAGCAAAAUGGCAGAGUGCUCAUUCCAUGCUGUGUUGAAGUUUCACACACUUACUAUUUUACUGAAUAUUGUUGUUUAAUUCAUAGAGUACUGUACAAAUAACUAAGGAUUAAACCUUGAAAAUAUUUUGUAUAGAAAAUAUAUUUAGAAAAGUGGUGAUUGGGCCACUACCUUUUUUCUUGAUAAGCUUCUCAUGGUUCCAGGUAUAGCUCACUCAUGAGUGAGCAACAGUCCUUUUGCAGUGAACAAAGAUUAAUUACAUUUAACAAGAGAUGUAGAACAUGGUAAUUGAAGACAGCGAUUUUAAAUCUUAUAGCUAGAUUAUGCUAAUAUUGCUUAAAAGCAUUGCUGCCUUUGUGAUUGCACUUUUCUAUGGUUUCCCUAAAGAUUGGAAUUUGGAAUACUAGCUAUUUUUUGAAAAUGGCUUCUGGUCAGAUUACAUUUCUUCUAAUAAAACCUCCUUAUAAACAACAUUUAAAAUAAUGUAAAUGUCUAUGAAACAACUAAGUUUCACUCUAAGAAUACAAGCAAGGCAAAAUGUUACAUAAUUAUUGCCCUUCAUAGUAAACAUUUCCUUUUCAGAUUGGUUGGAGGUAUAUAAUAUGCUGAGUUAAAAAAAAAUAUAUCUUUAAUUACAUGAUAGGUGUCUUGUGACUAUCUGGAAUUUAGAAUGCAUUACAGAAACUUUCAUUAGUUGAAGUCAUGUCAUAAAACUAGAUCCAUAAAAUUAGAGGUAAUGCAAUACUGAAAAUAAGCAGUCUGACCAAAAUAAUCGUUCAGGUCAUUUUUUAUUAUUUUUUUUCUAAGACCUGGUAGUGGUGGAUAAAAAGUGAUUGUUGCCUUAGGUAUUGCAAGCAUAGUGGUUCUAGCAUAGAAGGUUUAUUGGUGAUUCUGGUAAUGUUGCAGGGAGCACAGUAAUGGAUUUGUUUUCUGUAGUCUUCCAUUGUCUUUGCUCUGCUUAAAAGUCAGUUGAGUUUUUCACUUCAGAUUCCAUGGAGAUACUUACAGCUCAGUAUCUUGAUAUAAUUUCUUCUUAAUAGACACCUGCUAGUUUUUUAAAUAACUAUAUACUUUCCUAUGUUUUUUGCAUACAUGAAAGAGGAAGCAAAUAGAUUUUUCAGAAGCUACUAUAGAGUGAGCUAGUCAUUCUUAAAUAAGACAAAGUGAAAAUUCUAUCAUGGGAUCAAAUAUAAAAGAUAGAUGCAAGGCUGUAACUCCUUUGUAAAUUUAUGUUUGUAUGCAUUAGUAGGUUUCUGUAGGAGAAAUAAGCAUGUUGUGGAUUAAAUCUGGCCCCUUUAAAGUUAGCAGGAGUUCUAACAUUGAUGACUUGAGGAAUCCAUGUACAGUUGGGUUGAAUUCUACCAGUGCACUCCAAAGCCCAGAUGACAUGCAGAAACAAGAUGCCAUCAGUAGCAGUCCAAUUAGGAAACCUGCCAUUGCAGGUCAAGGUUGCACAUAUUGUGCAGAUGCCAGUGAACCUGGGGAAGAAAAAUGUUUAGAAACCUGCUGCUUCUUUCUGCAGGCACCAUGUGCUGACUGAUAAGGGCACUGGUUUGCCCACACUGUAGAUGGGAAGGGCUGCACACGGUGGCUGCAUGAAGCAGUCAUCUGUUUGCCCACCCUAUGAUGUGCUACUUGACAGAAACAAGAUGUAGGGAGGGCCCUUCUCCUCUGCAGAGUCUCUAGGGAAAAAUAGAUUCUUUGUUUAUAGAGAGGUCCUCCUCAUGGAGCAGCUUGGAAGAGCAGAGCAUGCAUUCUAGUUGCAAAUCAUUCUUCUCUUUAGUAUACAUACUUGUUUUGUAUGGAAGAAAUAGGAUAUUAUUUGUAAAUAUUUACAUGCACAUACAAAGACACCUUACAGUUUUAUAUCUUUCAUGUGUUUUUAUAUCAGAAUUUUCACUGUAGAUUCACUUGAUGUAAAGCGCCUGCUUCAGUUUAUCACAAAACUAAUGAUACUAUUUUUAAGCAUAACUUCUGUUUGGUUCAGAGGACAAUUUUUAUUAUUUUUUUUUAACCAUUGUGCUUGCUGUUUUGACAAAUUUGAACAGAGUUGUUCUAAAAAGAGUAGAUCACAUUAUUUUUAAUCCAUUUUAAGUUAUCUUAUUCAGUAGUUUGCAUCCACCUAACAGGACCCCUGAAAUAGGACUACUUUGUGUUGGCUUCUGAGUGGCAACUAAUACAAUAUUUGACUGUUUAAUGACUGUGUAUAUUCGCAGUUCAGAAAACCAUGAAUUCUCUUGAUCAGAAUUGAACAUUGAUUUAAUUAAUGAUCUUCUUAAUGCAACUUAAAGCUAUGUUACAGAAGGCAAAUUUUCAUUUUAAUAUUGGAAAAUGCUGACAGAUAUGAUUGAAUGUUCCCAGCUGAGAAUCAUGGCAUUAGAUGCAUUUGAUCUAGCCACCUACACUUUAUGUAUUUCUGAUUUGAUGGCACAGCACCUCAGUGCUGUUAUAGUUUAAUAGGUUUUGUAGCAUUUAAGUGCCAGGGAAAUACGUAUCUUAAGUGGGCAGCUUGUAUAACACAGGCAUUGCCUUCUUCACAGGAAAUUUCUCUCCCAUGUAGUACAUACGUGCCAUGUGUCUACAGAUAUGCAUAUUUAAUUAAUUUGUGCCAAUUAAGAAUAUCUGAUCAGCAUAGGAAUAUAAGAAUGUGUGUACAGAUUCUUGUGUGCCAAAGAGGGGUAGAGUGAAAUGAGUACCUAAACAUUCUGUUAAAACUGCACCAUAUGCCACCCUAGAGCAGAUGACUGUAGAGUCACACUUUAUGAGCAUUUCCCUGACAGUUUCACCACUGCAUGUUUGUAAAGAAAAGGAAUAUAAAAUAAGUGUUGCUGCCACUGUAUUUCUAUGGCUUUCCCAUAUUGGCAGUACCUAGCUGCAGAGUAAUAAGACCUAAACAAUUCUGCACUACUACCUAAUCUUGCUGGCUUUCCCCCUAAAAAUUAAAAACUUGUGUCUCCUUUUAAUUCUAAGUAACUCAUUAAUAAAAGUCAUAAGCUACUUUUCUUUGAGCAUAGCUGUAUGCUGCAUUUGUCUAGUACCAAGCUAUAAGCUAGAACUUACAAACAAGAUCCUGUAAUCUUUCAAACAAUAUGGAAUUACAUGAUUAAUCAAGAAAUGUAUCUUCCAUCAUGCAUUGUUACACUGCCCAUAGCUAAGGGCCUAGGCCUAUAAACAUAUUUUUAUUUGGAUGAAAUACCAAAUAAGAUGGCUACAAUCAUCUAAGUGACUCAUCACUAUAUUAGGUACUGUUCACAUGAAAACUGGUGUUUGGGUCCUAGGAGUAUGCAGUGCUGGAAUAUUGUGCAUACCCAGCUAGCUUGCAAUUAUUCUGCAAAAAACAUUUAUAAAAAGUAUUAUUUUUACUUUACUGAAAAUGCUAUAUAAAGCAAAGUGCCUGAUUAUUGAUACAGAAUACCUUUUAAGCCCAUUAUUUGCAUUUUGUAGGGUAAUAUUUGCUUCUGUAUUUUAUCUAUGGUCUUAAUAUUUUCAGCAAGAAUAUUUCAUAAGCAUGCUAUAUCGAGAAGCUUUAUUUCAUGGUAAACAAGCAGAAAAAGAAUUGUGUUCUGGUGGACAAUUUAAAAUUUUAAAAGAAAAACACCUAUCUCAGUAGGAAAUAUAUCAAUUACUUUUAUAUUGAAACUCUUUCAUUUUAUGCAUGAGGAACCCUUGAAUUCUGGGUCUUUGUCCAUUAUUCCUCCAGUUUCCAACAAUUUGACUUGACUUUUCUGCAGUUAACAAAAACAGUUCCAGUAUAUCUGGAGGAGAAAAGAGUUUGGUCACAUUCCCUUCAGAUACAAGCUAGGCUCUUGUUCUCUUCUGCCGAUAAAGAAGUGAUCCAGAGUUCCAUCUCAUCUCUCCCAUGGAUAAUUGUUAGACAUGAGUUUGUGAGAGAAGUAAAUAGUCUUUCCUUCUCUACUGCUUUUUAAAGCAACAAAAUAGGCCAAGGUUCAGUCCUUUAGUUGAACCAGUAACGGAGUUUUAUAGUUCCAUUUGAGGGGCUUUUUUUUACAUUUUCUUAUCACUGAAGACACAAAGAGGCAUUGACUUCUCAGAAAAAAAUGUUCUUGGGAGAACUUGAAAGGAAAGGAGUAGCAUCCAGCUCAGCCUGAUACUAUGUCAGGUAGAAAGACUAGAGAACAGAUAGGUAUUCAAAGCCAGUCUGAAGUCUCAAAAUGAACUGACUGAGCCCUACUUAUGCUACAUAAAAUACUGGUCAGUUACAUGGACUGAUCAAACAUAUUUUUAUCCCAGAAAAGACUGAAGGCAGCUAAGACUUAUAUGCCUAUCCACAGCAAAUAUGUAAACAGAGAUGUUUAAAUCAAGAGCUUAGUCCAGUUUCUUCUUCUUAUCCUAGACAGGUUGAAGACAUCUGUUUACUUCCAUCAAAAAUGCAUAGAUCAUGCAGGAUAUUCCCCUCUCAUUUUAUAUCAUCCUGUGUUAUAUUCAUUUACUGUGCUCACUUAAAAUGUCUGUUCAGGCACCCUCUGUCUUGUAACUAAUUCUAGGUUCUUACUCAUCUUUUGCCCAGUCCCAUCCCCACCCCAUUUCAUGCCCAACAAGUAGAAACAUUGUAGAGUUAAAAAUGAGAAAUUUCACCUGUGGAAUCAGCUCACAGGUUUCAUUCAUCAGGCAGCAUUCAUGGAUUUCAGCAAAGUUUUCACAGUUCUGCAUUUGGAAUUCUUUAUAACUGGUUUGAACAAGAUAAUGCUUCCUCUGAGUGCUCAGCUGAAGACACUUGUUUCAGAAAGGAUUGCAGUCUACUGGAGCAUGUUCCAGAAUUAAUUUGAAGACACAAGAGGAUUGAUUCACCCUAAAGGAAACGUGAAAAGCUUCCAACUGCUCAUUUACCACUAGUUUUAUCACGUAUGGGUAGUCUUGCCUUCAGACCUCAGCUGAAGCAUCCUUCUACAGGAAUGUCCUCCAAAAGAUGAUCUUAUUAUGGUAAUAUAUUUUUCUUCAUAAAGAUAUUCAACAGGUAGAUCUGCUUUAAUUUUUUUUAGAUUAUUGUCUACACUGUCUCUAGAUCAGAUUAAACCGUGAGAUUCCAGAAUAGGAAAUUGAUUAAUUAAUAAAUUCCUGACAGAUUCUUCCAUCCAAGGUAUGUGCCCUAAGUCUUCUGAAAUCAGGUAUCUUUCUACUGCAGUUGAGGAAGGAUGUCUUUUCUUUCUCUAGGGAGCAAUUUAAAGCUGUUCAGUUCUGGACUGUGGCAGUGAAAUGGAAAGGCUCUAUAGAUGAAUGAAAACAUCCAUGCUAUCUUUUGUACUUUUAUAAAGAGACCCAGUUCUGUAGGCUCAGGAUGGAGGGACAUUCUGGAAGGAAAGAUGUCUACAAGUGGAAUUUUUUGUCAUUACAUUAAUUUUUACCAAAGAGAGACAUUAGCUUGACUUUUCAUGUUUAUCUGAAACAUUAGGCAUACUUUUCUUUGAAGUAAAUUUUAUGUGUAUUUAUAGCAAAUGCUUCUAACAAGGUUAAUAAUGUAACAGUUGGCAGGAUGAGGUGAACAAAAGUAGUUACUGUGCAUUUUCCUUUUUUCUUCAUGAUACUGAGUGGAAAGCAAAGUACGAGUUGAGAGUAGGUGGCUAUACAAUAUUCAUAAUUGCUGCAACAAUAACACAUUUGUCCUGCUAGUUAAGAUACUGAGGUUUGCAUUCCAAAUGAAGUUGUAAUAAAGAAGUUUAUUAUCAAAGUGCAAGGCACAUAUUUCAUGAUGCUAUUCUGCUCCUAAAAUUCUGUUUUGUAUUAUAUUGAGUAUAGUAAACAGUGUUGCUGUUGUGAAACAUGCUCCCUUUUUACUGAAAAACAUCACAUACUAAUUGAUUUAAAAUUAUGCUUUGUUGUCAGAGAUUUAGUUUGUUCAUGAAAAAAGUUUGUUUUUAAAAAUAAACUAUUUUUAUUGAUAGUCUGAUUGCCUGAUAGUUAGACCUAUUUAAUACCAAAGGUAAGCCACCCAGAAACUGAUUUGGAAUAAGGCACUGACACUUUCCUGGAGUGCAGUGGUCAAGAGUUACACCUGGAAUCAGUCAAGCAGAGCUGAACUGGUAGUAGUUGUGUUACCAAGCUAAAGGAUUUGGCACACCUAACAGUUUCCAAAACAAAACAGAAAAGGAAAAAAACAACAGGAGUAGCAUAAAGGUUAACAGACCUAGAGUAGCUCUUUGAGUCAGCUCAUGUUCCUGAAGAAAAGCACAAAGACUUGCAUUACUGAUGUGUCUGCUAUACCUGGCCUGUGAACUCAUAACAAACUUCAGCCUGCUGUCAAUCCUGUAAACCUUCCAAAGCACAAAAUAUUCACCAAGCUACUUUUGUGUUUUCUAGUCGUAGUUCAGUGAUAAUUUGGAGGGUGAAAAGGACAGACUUGGAGGAUAAUGAGAAGAUAUUGAGUAUGAGUAUGUUUUACAGAUUUUUAUAGAUAUUUUUUUAGCAAAUGGCAUUGCUGUCCUUGAUGAGAGACCAUUGGUUAGCAAGAAGUCAAUUACUUUACUUGUGCAGUAUAAAAUAGAAAGAAUAAAGAAAUCCAAAUAUCUCUGUUUCUUUUUCCAGGAUAGUGAUUAAAGAAGCUGGAAAGUAAUAGGACAAUUUAAUUAUUUAGCUGACUGAAACAUUCAUUCUAAAAUUGUAGUGAUCAUUUUUAUAUUUUUUCUUAAAUACAAGCUUAGGACAAACAUGAAGCAGUGCAUCAUUUUUUCCCUUAUUGCAGACUUAACUAUUGAAAAUAAAAUGUUUUGCAUUUACAAAAAAAAAUGCAAAGCCUGAAUUGUUGGAUGUUCCAGGCUACUGAAUAGGUGAUACAUAGUUACUCUUACUGGAUUUUUUUUUUGGGAUGGGGGCCUAAGUGUCCUUAUAUAAGCUGUGAUCCAAGUUAUGAUAAGAAAGGAGCCUAUGGUGAGCAGUCAUAAUGUUUUAAUGCUUCCUUGCAUUUGAUCAGUAGUUACCAUUUUUUGAUAUAACAGCCCUCACAGUACUUAGAAGCUCAUAGAACAUAUUGUGAUAUUAUGUUGCUAAUUUGUUUUAAAAUAUAAAAUGUUUUAAGCUUUUUGUCAAAAGUGAUAACAUCAUAUUACAAAUAAACCUUUUUGUGGUUGUUAAAUUUAGCUUAUAAAUCAUUCAAAUUGAAGUGAAAAAACACAGGUCAUUGUUAAUGACAGUCUAUCCUACUAUUAAGAAUUUAUGUAUUUUUGUAAAGGAAAAGCACUUGUAGAUAUAUAAUCAGUCCAAUAUCUAUCUAUGUUAAUGUUUUGAAAAAAGAGAAAACAAAAUGCUGCUUAGAGAAUCACAUAUUUUUAUUUUUUGUGCUCAAAUUCAUUUUCUGUUGAUUUAUGGAAUGUUUAUUCUGUGUGAAGCUGUAUAGUUAGUACAGCUGGGCUAAAUGCAUUUCUUAGCUCAAUCAAUUAUAUCUGACUGAUAAUACAUUUUCUAUCUGAUCAGAAAGCUGAUUGCAAAACAGACUGGUGGUGCUGUUUUUCAUUUUUGAUAUUAGCUUCAUUCUGCCUUACAACAUUUGUACUUCAGAAUAAUUAUAAAAUUACUAUUAUUUUUUGUGAUGUUUGAAUGGAUGCUUUGGGGCACCAUUGUUUAUUCAGUCGUAUAUUGUUAUGCUUAUAAACGUUUUUACAAAACAGUGACAAAAUUUUAUGUAGAGUAUUUAAAAACUAGUUUCCCUGAUGAAGAAGUAUGUCAGAUUAGUCAAGUUUCAUACUUACUUUUCUGCAACAGAAACUACUUCUGGGUUCAUGCAUGGAACAUGAUUGCGUCACUGAAGUUUCUGAGCAUUUGUAGGAAUAACAUCUUUUAAAUUCAGAAUAACUUCUUGUAAUAUUUUUCAGCUAUUUGAAACCUCACUCUUAACUGUAUUUUGAUUCAACACAGUGGAUAAACACAGAUUUGGGGGGGGGGGUGGGAAAGCACAAAGAUUUAUUAAAGUACAGUAGAGUGUUGACCACAUUUAUUUGUAGUUAUUAGUGUACAUUCCAAAAUCUGGUUACUUAUUUCAGUGGAAUUCUAUAGGGUUCUACUCUGUGGGCCUAGUGCUGAGUUAAGCUCUUCUGCUUGACCUCUGUGGAGCUGCUUUCUUUAAUUAUCCUUGAAGCUAAAACUUGGAAUGACCCAGAGUUCCUGCUUCCUCACUGAAUUUCCUUUCAUGGGUGGCUAAUAUUGUUUAAAUUUGAUCUUACUAUAUUAACCUUCCCCAAAACAAAUAAGAUUUGCAACACUGAGUAUGUGCACUAGCAGCAGAAUUCAGUGUUACAAACUCAGCUGAGGAAAUACCUAAUUGUCAAAUUGGGAGAAUUUCCCUCAGAUUAUGAACACUUGUAAUGGCACUGUCUCAUUAGCAUGCACAUUUCACAAAGAUCUGCAAGUGAUCUGUUUUAUUAUUUGAAUAUUGUCCUUUUUAGUAUUUUUGUUAAGAGCUAAUUUCCAUAUGAAGUCAUUGGGGACUGACAUCUCCAAGUCCACAAAGCAGCAUGUUAAAAACUUAAAUCCAUUUGAUCUACAACACCAGUAUUACAGUCUUGUAUCUUUUAACCAAAUAUUUUGUGUCUUGAAGUACUUUAAAAAGCACUGUAAAUUUCACCCAGUUCUACAAAGGAAUGUCAUUUUUAAUCUGUGCUAAAAUCCUUAGAAGCCAAAUGUGGCCCUGGAAAAAAAUGAGACACCUCUGAAUAAGCGCUAGUGAGCAAUUACAUGAGGGAAGUGUUGGUGAAAAAGGGGCUUUUGGCAAAAUCCCGUGGUCCUGCCUCUUGGUGCAGAGUGAAUUGUGUCUGUUCAAAGCUCCAUCGACAUUUGUAGGCAAGAUUUAUUUUAGAACCACAGCUCGUGCAAAUCUGGUAAAAGAGCCUUUUAGAAUCUUGUGUAUAAAUAUAUCUGUUACGUAAUUAUAUUUCUAAUUAUGUAACUACCUGUAUGGCUCAGUACCAGUGAUGUUAAAUUGAGCACUUCAUGCUAAUGCCAAAAAUGGUCACAGCACCUUUGUAACAGCAGAUAACAAAUGACACUUUGGUCUGACCUGUAUCCUGAAAGAUGCCUCUAGCCCAGUUGGAUUAAUUUUAUGAAAAAUCUAGAUGAGCAAGAAGUAUAACUAACCUGCUUACUAGCACUGAAUUGCUCCUUUCUCAAAGCAAUAAAUAUAUUCAUGUUGUAACAUCUGUUGUGCAGCCUACAAUACGAGUUGUUUUGUUGCAUUGUUUCUAUAUAAUUUAUUUUGUGCAAUAAAAAAAUCUCUGGUUUUAUCUGA